UGUUUCAAUUUGUUCCGAACGGUUGGCGCAUUCGUAAACCACAAAGAAAGCAAAUGUCUGAAAUCUGCAUCUGACAAGUCUGGAGAUGAAGAUACAGAAGGUGAUCAGUCUGGUGUCAUAACAUGUGAAAAAUGCGGUCGGCAGUUCGAUAAUUAUACUAUGAAGCUUCGCCAUGAUGAAUAUUUUCAUGCUGAAAGUACGCCGAUUAAGUCAGCACCGAAAUACCCCUCGACGAAUAGUGGUAAUCGUAAUAACGAUGAUGUCAACGGGGACCACAGUAGUCAAAAUUCUACAGAUCUCCGAAAACGACUGUCGCCCACGGUAGAAAAAUUAUCGCCAGAAACAAAUAUUAAUCCAGGCAUGCAAUGCCAGCAGUGUACUAAGUGGUUUCCAUCUGCUGAAAAACUAAAAGCUCAUUUGAACUCUGAUUGUCCAAAUAGGAUAGCAAAUCGAAACACAUCGUCCCAAAUUGCAAGACGUGUUUCGGAAUCAACGAGACUGGCAAAAAUAAGCUCAACAUCUCUGAUAUGCGACUAUUGCGACAGUGAAUUUAAACUCGAUCGAACGAAAGAAAGACACAUGCAAAAGUUUCAUGCAGAAAAACUAGCAUUACCUAAAACCAUUAAUAAAGUGUUUAGUUGUGAGAAAUGUCACAGAAUGUAUAGUGAUGAAGCUAGUUUAAAUAGACAUCUAGAAGCUAUUCAUACGGAAUCGGUUAUACCAAAAAGUCCAAUAAAACAAAAAGAAAAGAUUCCUAGUAAACAACAUUCUCAGCCUGCUAAUAAAAAGCGACGCACAAGUGAGAAAUUAGAACCAUUAAAGCUGGGAUCAAAACCCAAUUCGACGAAGCCUACAGAGUAUCAGAAUGGAAAUACAGAUAGUCCUACAGAAAAUGACGAUGUUUCCAUUUACUGUGACGAAGACAAUAUGCAAUGUUUAAUUUGUCUAGCUAAGCUACCCAGUUUAGAAGAGCUGAAAUCACACAUAGAAUCGGAACAUUCGACUAAUUCGUGCGUCGAUGAGCCGAGUCCAAUUACCGAACCCGAAAAUGUAGAAGGUGCUCAAUAUUUAUCUGAUUUUCCUACCAAUGAUUGGACCUCCGAAUUAAUAGAUAAAAAUGGCGAGGCUGACACUGAUAUUGAAAAUUUAGAAUGUGGAAUUUGUGGCAAAAAAUGCAAAACAAAAUCAGAUUUUGAAACUCAUAUUUCUAUUCCUCAUAAAAUUGCUAUUCGGGAAACUGUAGGUUAGCUUUUGUUGUUUUUGUACGUGCCAAUGCAUUAAUUUGAUAUUUGAUGUCUUUUAAUGUGCAAUUCGAUCUAUUUAUCGAUUUUUCAAAGAUAACUAUCGAAAAA